UUAGUCGUGAGAGAGACGAACAUAAGGAUCGAACUAAAGGUCUGAUCAAUGGUGGCGCUUUCCGUCGGCGGUAAACGGCCAAGUCUUCCUAUCUUUCAAUUAUAUAUACCAUGCAUGCAGUAGUGGCCAGAAAGAAUAUUAAUGAGUACUCCUCGAUCUGAUCUAGUACCAGGUCCAAUUCCUAUGAUCUCCCCGGAACCCCUCUUUUUAAUUUCCUGCUCUUUCCGUCCCUGAUCAGCUUUCCAACGAUCUCUCUCUUGCUAGAGGAAAUUCAAGGAAGGCGGCAUACUAUAUAUAUAUUAUAUAUAGAUAGAUAGAUAGAUGGCUGCAUCAGCAACUACAGCAAGUCAACAAAAUGCUGCAUUAAACUCUUCGAGAGAUCAGAAUGAAAAUACAGAGACGUUGGUUAAUGAGAUCAAAGACAUGCUAGAAAGGUCGGAACCUGAUCUCUUGUCAGCUGACUGUUGCAUCUUCAGGGUUCCAAAUCACCUUCGCAGAUUGAACGAACAAGCUUUCACUCCCGAGGUUAUAUCAAUAGGGCCUUUUCACCAUGGCAACAAAAAUUUGGAAACCAUGGAAAAAUUCAAAGUGCAAUACUUCAAAAGUUUCAUUCAACGGACCGAGUUAACGGUGGAUAAUUUAGUCAGCAGUGUAAAGGAUUGGGAAGGACAUGUACGUCGUUGUUAUGCAGAGACUAUUGAUCAACAUAGCAGUAAUGAUUUGGCAAAAAUAAUCCUGGUGGAUGCGAGCUUCAUUAUCGAGUUUUUCUUGAGAUUUAGGUCGGGUGAAGAAAGUCAUGACUACCGUAGCUUGUUAAACUCGUGGUUGUGGACCAUUAUAUGGUCGGACCUGAUAUUACUUGAAAAUCAACUCCCGUUCUUUGUGAUUGACAAAUUAUUCAACCUUGCAUUUGAGUCUCGCCCAAACUUAUGUACAGCUAAUUCCUUCGUUCAGCUGACCUUUUACUGCUUUGGGUUUGAGAACAGUCAGAAAAUGCCUCCCAACAAUAUUCCUCAUGCUCAGAAUAUAAAACACUUUGCUGAUUUGCGUAGAACCUUCUGGCUGCCUCCGUUGCAAAGGAUCCCAGAAAGAUGCGGAAAAUCAAUUGACAAUCUGUACUCUGCAAGUAAACUGCACGAGGCAGGAGUGGAGUUUAAGGUGGGUUCAUCCAAAUGCUUAUUUGACUUGAAAUUCAAAAAUGGAGUGUUGGAACUUCCUUGCCUCAAGUUAGAAAAUACCACAGACUCUCUUUAUCGAAACCUCAUGGCGUUGGAGCAAUGUUACUAUCUAAAUGAGGCAUAUGUCACGGAUUAUAUUGUCCUCUUGGAUCACCUUAUCAACACUCCCAAAGAUGUGGAUUUACUUGUUCAAAAGGGUAUCAUUGUUAAUUGGAUAGGCGACAGUAAUGCGGUGACAUCCUUGAUUAACAGUCUGAGCACCGGCAUCGUAUAUCACACGACCAACAUCCACUACUAUAAACUUUGUGAAGGUUUGAAAGCAUUUUACGAGGACCCUCGGCAUAGUUGGAAGGCCAGCUUGAGACAUGAUUAUUUUGGUACUCCUUUGAAAACUGCUUCUACCACUGCUGCUGUGACCUUGUUGGUGCUCACUCUCAUACAGAGUGUAUGCUCUAUCCUCUCACUUCUGUUAGGUCAGAAGCGUACGUAAGAAUUGAACAAAUUGUAUUAGUAUCAAUAUAGUUAUAAUUAGUUGUUCAUGUAGUAGUACUGCUACUGCAUGCAUGCAUUGUGCAUGGUAUAUUAAAGUACAAUAUCCAUCCCGGCCAUCGUGUUGUACAUGAUCAAGCUGUGGGACAUUCUACUUGUUUUCUGAUCGAGUAUUAAUAGUUGUGAUCAGUGUACGUAUUGGCAUUACUUAUGCCCGCGGGUAUGAUCUUUUUGGUCGCAAAGACGAUCAUUACUUCCGGUGUAGUCGAUCGUGAGUUCAAACUCCGAUUCCAUUCUUCA